UCUCAUCUUAAAAAAAAAACAAUGUUUAAGAAAACUAUCAUGUUUUCCCGCCAUCAUUCUCAGCAGCAACAGCCAUCCAAAGAACAACUAUUGAUGAUAUUAAAACAAUGUGUUUCCACAAAAACAGUUAAACAAAUUCACACACAAAUGCUUAUACACUCUGUAAAUAAACCCAAUUUCUUAUUAGCCAAACUCAUUGAUCUCAAAGAUUUCAGUUACUCUUUCAGUUUAUUCGAUUCGUUAUCCGAACCGAAUGAUUACGCUUUCAACGUCAUGAUUCGAGGUCUGACCACCGCCUGGCAUCGGUUUGAUCUUACUUUGGAAUUUUAUUAUAAAAUGAAGGGUUUAGGUAUAAAACCGAAUAAUUUCACUUACCCGUUUUUGUUUAUCGCAUGUUCGAAUCUUGUGGGGGUUGAUCAUGGUAGAUUGGGUCAUUGUAUGGUUUUGAAAUGUGGGUUGAUGGUGGAUUGUCAUGUUAGGCAUUCGUUGAUCAGUAUGUAUGCAAAGUGUGGUGAAAUUCGGUAUGCGCGUAAGGUGUUUGAUGAAAUUACUGAGAGGGAUUUGGUUAGUUGGAAUUCGAUGAUAUCUGGGUAUUUAAAGAUGGGGUUGUCGAAGAGUGCGUUGGAGUUGUUUGAGGAGAUGAAAGUCGAAGGAUUUGAGCCGAAUGAAAUGACGUUGGUUAGUGUUCUUUGGGCGUGUGGGGAUUUGGGGAAUUUGAGUAUGGGGAAGUUGGUUCAGUGUUAUGUUGUUCGGAAUGAGAUGGAGAUGACUACUUAUAUUGGUUCUGCGUUGAUUGGUAUGUAUGCAAAGUGCGGGGAUUUGGUUUCCGCUAGAAGAAUCUUUGAUAAAAUGAUCAAGAAAGAUCUAGUUACGUGGAACGCUAUGAUUACAGGAUAUGCUCAAAGUGGGUUAUCUGAUGAAGCAAUAUCAUUGUUUAACAUCAUGAAAGAUAAAGGGGUAAAUGCGGAUAAAAUCACAUUGAGUGGAGUUCUUUCUGCCUGUGCUGCAGUUGGCGCUCUUGAUAUCGGGAAGUCAGUAGAUGCAUAUGCAUCAGAAAAAGGUUUGCAGCAAGAUAUAUAUGUAGCCACUGCCUUAAUUGACAUGUAUGCCAAAUGUGGGUCUGUGGACCAUGCGUCUAAAGUUUUUGAAAACAUGUCUUUCAAAAACGUGGUCACAUGGAAUGCCAUGAUCUCCGCACUUGCUUUCAAUGGACGGGCUCAUGAGGCUAUUUCACUAUUUAACAGAAUGUCAGAAGAAAAUAAUGGCAUCACGCCUGAUGAUGUAACCUUUGUGGGAGUCUUAUCUGCAUGUGUACAUGGUGGAAUGGUCAAUGAAGGACGCCGAUUUUUUGACUUAAUGAGCUCCUCUUUUUCAUUGGUUCCUAAAAUUGAGCACUAUUCUUGCAUUGUGGAUCUUUUAUCAAGAGCGGGUCUGGUAUAUGAUGCAUGGGAUUUUAUCAAGAAAAUGCCUGAAAAACCUGAUGAAAUUGUAUUAGGGGCAUUGCUUGGGGCGUGCCAGAAAGCUGGAAAUCUAGAUAUUAGUGAACAGGUCAUGCAGCUUUUACUAGAAAUUGAGCCAAUGAAUUCUGGGAAUUAUGUGAUUUCAUCACAUAUAUAUGCAAGUUCAAAGAAGUGGAAUGAUUCUGCUAAGAUGAGAUCACUCAUGAGACAAAAUGGUGUCACUAAAGUUCCUGGUUUUAGUUGGAUCGAGAUUGAUGGUCAAGUUCACGAGUUUCAUGUGGGUGACGCUUUGCAUAUGGAUUCAGACGAUAUCUAUCGAUUGCUUGGCUUUAUAUAUGAUGAGAUGAUAUCAGAAGGUUAUGUGGUUAAUAAUAACUUUGUGAAAGGAAAUCAUAAGGAUCAGAAAUUGCAUAAGCACUCGAGAAUUCAAUUGAAAGAUUUUGAAGAAAGCGAACAGAUAAUGAGUUACAUUUGAUGAGCAAAAGUUCAAGUUCGUUGAUUAUACCUCUGGACACCAUAACCAGUCAAAAUGUCAAGCAGAGAAAAGAAUCAAAAAUAUCAAAUGGGAAGUAUUGGGAAAUAUGUAAGAUGUCUCACAUGCAUUGAGGAGAGCAAUCAACUUCAUGACAUGUGACUCAAUGAGGUUAAGCGAUUAACCAUUCAUCCUAACCUUGGCACAAGCAUACUCGCAGAUGCAUCUUAAUUGUAUUUCAGACCUUGGUGAACUGCAAUCUGCACGAGAAGGAACCAGACGAGAAAAGAUAAUGACUCAACAAUGUGAUACAGAAUGAGAAGUACAAUGUACAAAGCAAAUGCUCCAUUUUUUAUGGAUGAUACUGGUGUGAAAUCUUGAUGAAGGUGUUCAUAUAAAAGUAUCUCAUGCACUCUUCAGUUUACUUUGUCUAAUUUCUACGGAAUCUCAUGUAUUAUUCAAUAACUUUAUAUUAGAGUUCAAAUCUGCCCUGGCCUGAUUAUCUUA